UCCCUAGAAAUAAAUAGAGUGGACCAGAGGCUAACUUUUCCAAUCAGGGUAAGCAAUGACCAUACAAACCCAUGUGUGGCUCUUCCCACAUCCAAAGUUGCUGGCCUAAGUUACUCCUUUGGAAGACAAGCCAGCUCCUCUGCCUUAGCCUGGCUGUCUGCUGGCAGUGGACUGGCAGAUGUGGAGAUUGCUAAGCACAUGUACCCAUGUAGCCUCGCUGUGCAAGUUAAACAGAUUUUACAGACAUGCAGGCUGUUUUCUGGAAUGCGUUUUCCAUUUCCAGGAGCACAGCAGCCAAGCAGCUGGAAACUUACCAAGAAGGAGUGGUGGCACCAUGAGUGCUCCAUUAAGAAGCACAGUCAAGGUCCAGAAUUCCUGGGGAGCAAUGGCUUCAGCUGUUUACAGAGGAUUGAGUCUUUGACCUUAUCAUUUCGGGGACCUCAGAAAGCAGUGCGGAUGCUUUCGGCGGUGAGCAGACUGUCAGCCCCGGAGCACAGAGAGCCUAACUGCGGAACAGGCUUUUUCACAGCUGUUCGAGCGCACACUUCCAUCCGGCGGAGCACGGAGCUCCCGCUGGGCUCUGAGCCCUCACAGCGAGCGCUGCACGGACGGCACCCACCGCGGGAGAAGCGGCUGCGGAGCGGGGGGAGAGCGGCGGGAGAAGCGGCUCCUUGUGUGUCCGAGUGUGCCAGUGUGCCAGUGUGCCAGUCCCUCAACCCCUGGGACGUGAUGCUCUGCGUGUCCGGCACCGCCAUCGCCUGCGAGAACGCCCUGGUGGUUGCCAUCAUCUGCUACUCGCCCGCCCUGCGCACCCCCAUGUUCGUGCUGGUGGGCAGCCUGGCCACGGCUGACCUCCUGGCCGGCCUCGGCCUCAUCCUCAACUUCGUUUUCCAGUACGUGAUCCGCUCGGAGACGGUCAGCCUGCUGACGGUGGGCUUCCUCGUCGCCUCCUUCGCCGCCUCCGUGAGUAGCCUGCUGGCCAUCACGGUCGAUCGCUACCUCUCCCUCUACAAUGCCCUCACCUACUACUCGGAGAGGACGGUGCUCUGCAUUCACACCAUGCUGGCGGGUGCCUGGGGGGUCUCCCUCUGCCUGGGGCUGCUGCCCGUCCUGGGCUGGAACUGCCUCCACGACCGCACCUCCUGCAGCGUCGUCAGACCCUUGACCAAGAGUAACGUGACGCUGCUGUCUGCCUCUUUCUUUCUCAUUUUCCUCAUCAUGCUCCAUCUCUACAUCGAGAUCUGCAAGAUCGUCUGCAGGCAUGCCCACCAGAUAGCUCUCCAGCAGCACUUCCUGACUGCUUCGCACUAUGUCACCACCAAAAAAGGAGUCUCUACCCUGGCUAUCAUCCUUGGGACUUUCGGAGCCAGCUGGCUGCCUUUUGCCAUCUACUGUGUCGUGGGGGAUCCUGACUACCCGUCUGUGUACACGUACGCCACGCUCCUACCUGCUACCUACAACUCCAUGAUCAACCCCAUCAUUUAUGCCUACAGAAACCAGGAAAUCCAGAGGUCCAUGUGGGUGCUCUUCUGUGGCUGCUUUCAGGCUAAAGUGUCCUUUCGCUCACGGUCCCCCAGCGAUGUCUGAGUGACUCUUCUCUGUCGAACUGCACCCACUGACAAUCUACCCAGUGAACUAUCACAGUGCCUGUUCUAAACUUCAAACCACGUCGUGAAGUCAUUGGAAACAUGCUUAAGUAUUAGCACUUUAUACAUAUUUGUAUCUCGGAGAGUGGUUCGGGGUAUGGAGUUUCGGGUUCCCUGAAAAAACAAACAAAAAAAUAACAAUGUGGUUGUAUAUAAAUUUGCACAUCACAUUUGUGAAGUGAAGACAUUCCGGUACCGCUUAAUUAUAGCACCUUAUUUCUAGCUGCUGACCUGCCAAAACAGUGUUGCCUUUCUGAAGGGCAGAGAGAAAGAAAGUUGUGUUCAUGUUGUAUUUCUAAGUGUGUGUGUUG